AGGAAUGCUGCGGGGUCUGGUACGUUUCCUGGCGUUUCCUUCGCCUUCUGCGCGCUGGAAAUCCACUGCCAAUCUGGACUACACUCGCUAUCCAACACUCCAGGAAUCUGAGAUCGAGGAGACCUUUACGCGAGGUAGUGGUCCCGGUGGUCAGGCAGUGAACAAGACCUCCAACUGCGUCUUCCUGCGACAUUUGCCCACCAACAUCACCAUCAAGUGUCACACUCAUCGAUUGGCCUCCAAAAAUCGCGUGGAGGCCAGGAAACUGCUACUGGAGAAACUGGAUGCUCAUAUAAAUGGAGAGAACUCCAUAGCGGUACAGAUCAAGGCACAGGAACAAAGGAAAUCUACGGAGCGGCGUCGUAGGCAAAGCAAACUCCAGGAGAUGAAGAAAAGCUGGCAGGAAAGGGAGCACCCGGACAAAUUAUGUUGACCAAUAGGGAAAAUACAGAACUUUCAUACAAAAAUA